AUGUCAGACUCCACAUUCUCACUUACCUCCAGUGAAGAUGAGGCUUGUUCUUUUCGGGUUCUUCCUGGGCGCCGCAGCAGCAGGAAAUCUGGAUAUUCCAACAUCUUCUCUGGGAUCAACAUCCACCAGCUGCAGCGGCUUUUCCAAACAGCGGGAGACAGUGAUGCGGAGCAGAGGGGCCGCCUGGUGUGGAGAGGGGCCCAGAAUGAUGAGGAUGAUGAUGACGAAGACAGUGUGGUGAAGGCCGAGAGCACAGAGGCAGCACUGGCACAGGCGCUUGUGGGUCUCAGGAUCUGUGCUCGGACUAAAGCAGGAUUCAGAGCAGAGGCGUACAGAAAGUGCCCCCCAUCCACGCAGCGGGUCAAAGGCAGUAUACAGUAG